AUGGCUGAUCCCAUGAAUCUAAUCAGACCCAAGAGCAGAGAUUGGUUGACCUGCGACAACGUUCUGUACCAACCCUCUCGGAAGUCCUAUAAGAAAGGGCCAUCUCGUCGUGGGUUGCACACUAUUAAUUCUGCCCCAGGUCUGAAAGCUCUGGCAUCCAUUGACGUGUCCAAAUCAGAGAGAAACCUUGCCUCUAGUCAGUCCCCACGUAAGCGCACAAGAAUCGACGAUGAGUACUUGUUCUCACAUUGGUUCUAG